UAACAACGGCUUAUGAGAAGUGUAGAAAGAAAUCAAGAUUCACAAUUAGCGUUACGCUAAUGAAAAUAAUUUCCUAUCCUCAUCUGUCACAGAGAAGGAUACCGAUGGAUAACAUGCAUCUGCAUAUGCAACCUUUUGCUUCUCUUAGACUGUCAAGUGGGGUUCAGUUUCAAUCUUCUUUCCAUAGAAACAUCACGGUGUUUUACUUAAGAUUCUGAAAGUGCAUAAUGAUAAUUUGAUGGAAUGAAAAAGAUGCCGAGAUCGAUAAGAAUAAUAAAAACCAUAUCUUCUCUUCUCACCAUCGUCCCCCUCAAAGAUUCCUCCUUCAAGAUGUCAGAGAGCAAAAAUGAAGUUGUGGUGGACAAUACGGUAAUAGCAAUCGAUGGUUCAAUGGCAGCAAUCGUGCCAGCAUCACAGAACGGAGUGAUUGCUGGAGAACCUUCAAGUACACCACAAGACCGUACAGCAGUACAUUCAAGAGCUGCAAGUAUCAAAGAUGAUGACAGACAACAUCCACCAAUGCCACCCAAUUUGGACGUGAUCAAGCAUUUAGGAGAGGAUGGACGUGUGUUGCAUCACAGUAGAAGUGGUGGCACAUUGAUCAACGAUGUGCAUCACAAAGACAACUACAACGAAAAGGAUCCAGAAACACCCAGUGUCGAUCGUGAAGGAUCAAUCACCACCGUAGACGAAACACAAGGACCUGAAUACCUAUCACCAGUUAAGUUCAUACCAAUCUUCUUCGGAUUAUGCUUGGUAGUAUUUAUGAUCUCUUUGGACAAUACAGUAGUCGCAACUGCACAAGUUCCAAUCGUGAAUGAUAUCGGAGGACAAGCAAAUAUUGCAUGGUUACCAACAACUUUUUUGAUAGGUCAAGCAAGCUUUAGUAUUUUGUUCGGUCAAAUUUUGGCGUUCUUUAGCUCGAAGUAUGUAUUCAUGGUAGCUUUGUUUUUGUUUGAACUUGGUAGUUUGGUCAGUGGAGUGGCACCGAAUAUGGGAGCCGUUCUUGCUGGCAGGACUGUGAGUGGGGUAGGAGCAGCAGGAAUCUUUAUGACAUCAAUGCAAAUCUUGGCAGAAACUACAACGGUCACUGCAAGAGCGCAAUAUAUGGGUAUCCUUGGUGCACUUUUUGCAAUCUCAAUGGUCGCUGGUCCUUUGAUCGGUGGUGCACUUUCCGAUCAUGUCACUUGGAGAUGGGUCUUCUACAUUAACUUACCAAUCGGAGGAGCAGCCUGGUUAGCAGUUGCAUUCCUCUUCAAAUCGAGACCUCCAUUGGGAUCGAACAAGGCACAGCCUAUCAAAGUCAUGGAAAGAUUGCAAAAGAUGGAUAUCAUCGGUACCGUCUUAUUCACCGGUUUGGUAUGCAUGCUUGUUAUUCCAAUCCAACAAGCACAUCAAAACGGCUGGAAAUCGAUCACGACCUGGGCACCAAUCGCAUUCGCAAGUGUGGUAGCAAUCUUAUCGGGACUAUGGUUCAAAUAUCUAGGUGAACAGCGUGCAUUGGUACCCCUUCGUUUAUUCAAAGAUGCAAAUUUUGUUGGAUGUGCAAUUUUAUCAUUUUUCACUUUUUGGAAUUCAAUCACGUUUACUUACCUCAUCCCUCUUUUCUUUCAAACCGUUCGUGGUCGAUCAGCAACGCUGGCAGGUGUGGAUAUGUUGGCUUUCAUGAUCACUCUUGCGAUCGUUUCGUUGUUUACUGGCAUUUUGGCAAAGAAUACAGGACACUAUUAUCCACAAACUGUUUUUGGUCCAUUGUUUGGAGUGGCUGGAGCUGCUUUGCUUUACUUCCAGAAAGUCGAUAGCCCGCUAGGUUUCCAGAUUGGUACGCAGAUCUUACUGGGGCUAGGAAUCGGAACUGUUAUCCAGCAACCCAUCUUGACCGUUCAAGCCAAUAUUACAGACCGUAGACUACUGGCAAAAGCAACUGCCUUUAUCGUCUUCUCUCAACGUUUGGGAGGUGGAAUUGGUAGCUCAGUUUCCGGCGCAAUCCUAUCAGCACAAUUCCCACACUUGGUUCGAACAAUGCUACCAGCAGGAACUGAUCUUAGCAGAUAUGCCCGUAUAACACCCGAACAAGUUUAUCAACUUCCACAUGGGCCUGAGAGGGAUGCAAUCUUACAAGCAUUGACCAAGACAAUGACCUACAUCUUUAUCGGUGGCGUACCAGUCUUCGCUUUGAUUUGGAUUGCUAACUUGAUUUUGGUUCGUAUAAAGAACAUCAAAACUCAAAAGGUCACACGUAAGAUCGACAUCCUUCGAUUUAUCCUUCGCUUACCGGUUAAGCAAACGGAUUCGUCCAAAGCUUAAACAGAAAACGCUCUCUUCAUUUUAGCACACAAUCUUUCACCAUGUAGCAAUCAUUCCUUUCAAUUCUGUACAGUAUUGUUUAA